AUGAAUGAGAGAAGAAAGAGGAUAGUAAAAAUACUAGAAGUAAUAAUAAAGAAAGAACCCUUCAAAAGGAACAAAGAAAGAGAAAACAGAAUAAUGUCUGAAGAAGAACACACGAAAAGGGGUGAUGAAGAAAAAAGUGAAACAAAGAAAAUUAAACAAAAACAAGAAAGAAAAGGAAAGAAACAAAGAAACACUGAAAGAAAAGAAGAGAAACAAGAAAAGAGAUUUGACCGAAAAGGAUUAAGUCGGGAAGAAAAAGAAGAGUUACAUAAAGAAGACCAAAUCUAUAGAACAAUAUUCAUCCAAAAUUUAUCAUUCAGAACAACUGAAGAAGAACUCAAAGAAAAAAUGGGAGAAUAUGGGGAUGUAUCAUAUUGUAAAAUUUGUAUGGAUAAAGAAAAAGGUAUUAGUAGAGGAACAGGAUUUGUUUGUUUCAGAAAAAGAGGAGUAGCAGAUAAAAUUAUUGAAGAAGCAUAUAUGUUUUCAGGGAAUAAAGAAAGUGAUAUUGAAAUUGAUGGAAGAAGAUUAAUUCUUCAGAAAGCAAUAAAGAAAGAACAAGCAAAAGAAACAAGUGAUAGUAAAAAAAAGAAAAAAGAAGGAAUUAAAGAUAAUAGAAAUGUUUCAUUAGCAAUGGUUGGACAAAAAACAAAAGAAGAAUAUCUUCAACUUGGAUUAACACCAAAUGAAGCAAAAAUUCGAUUAAAAGCACAAAUGGAACGAAAUAAGAAAUUAAAAAAUGUUAAUUUCUGUGUUAAUAAAUAUAGAGUGUGUGUAAGAAAUAUUCCAAAGAAUUCAAAUAAAAAGAUGAUUAUGGAAACAUUUGGGAAAUAUUGUAUGAAAGGGAAAAUAUCAGAUAUUAAAAUUAUUAAAGGAGAAAGAGGAAAAGCAAUUGGAUAUUGUUUUUUGACAUUUACAGAAGCAGAAGAUGCAUAUCAAUUUGUAGAAAAAGUCAAUGAGAGUCUUCAAUUUAAAGAACAAAGACGAGUUAUAGUAGAAUUUUCAAUUGAUGAUAUGGUUAAAUUACAUAAAUUCAAAGCAGAAAUGGAAAGAAGAAAAUUUAAUCAAGAAAAGAAGAAAUUCAUUGAAGAACAUUCAGUAAACAAUGUUGGUAAAAGAGUCAAAGUUACUUCUCUUCCUAAAGAAGUUAUUAAAUCAGAAUCAACAACAAAUAUAAAGAAAACAAAGAAGAAAGGAAUAAACAGAAAAAUUGGAAUAACAAAGAAAUUUAAUGCAAAGAAAUCAGUAUUAUUAUAA